GUAGAAGAGGCCGUCGGGCUCACGCACGGAGGCACACUCGUCGAUCGGUGCGCGAGGUGCUUGUGGCUUAGUUAAGGAGAGGCCACGCGCCAAGCUGGACUCCUGCACUUUUCUCAGAGUACGCUCGGCUCGGUUAAGGUGCGCGAGUCCCGAGACGGAGAGGCGGACGGGAACGAGAUGGGGUCGAUCGCAGGGCUGUUGCUGCUGCUCUCGGCUUUACUCCUCGUCACCAAUCGAGGGAAGAUAAUGGUCACCGCGGAUUUAAUUUCGGAUAUAUUGGCUGAUGUGGCGAGUAGGAAUAAACAAAUACAAAUGAAUGUGAAUGCUGAGGUGGCACGAGCCAAGGGGAUGGCUGCAGCCGCGCUGAAGAAAGCUACGAAAGGAGUUAGUCCAAUGAAGUCCUUGAAGUACAGCGGCAGUGGGAGCAGCGCGCACUACGUGAACUCGGGAAAAGAUGAGAACGGCGACCCGUUCUACAUUGACCAGGAAGACGUCGUCAUCGGGAAUACUCUCUAUCGCACGGAGCGCGUUUACAAUUCCACGACGAAGCAGAUGGAUGAAAACAAGUACACCAUCGACCUCACGGACCCUGACGGGAAGCUCGUCCCCAGCCGCCGCCGUCGUCGUCGCCGCCGCCGUAGCCGCUCCUGAGCCCGUUCACCGGGAUUUCAGCGUAGGAGAGAUGGAUCUUCGGCGGCAUCGCGCAAAUACUUUAUACUUUGAGAUAGACACAAUUGGUGGAGUUUCGGCAUCCUUAUGGGGGAAGAUUCGCUAAAGCUAACGCGCGUAUCGAUUUCAAUAUUGCACUCACUGGCACUAUGUGCGCUCUUGGUGACCGGUUCGCAACCUUCUGUUGCUAGCUUUUGAAUCGUAAAGUUUAUUUGAUGUUUAUUCUUUGCGUGGUAGGGUUCAGGCACGCAGAUUUAAUAUAGUUCUUAUGCUAAAGCUUAUUAAAAUAAAUAUUGAAAAUCGUCGAGUUUAGUUAUUUCACGGGGCUUUUCGUCCAUCGUGAAUUUUUGGUUGAAUUUGGAAAAU